AUGGAACCUCAAAAAUCUCAUUCGACAACCCUUCACGCGUGUCAAACGUGCCGGCGCACCGUUCUAUACAGAUGCUAUGCUUUAAUUCACACGUGUGGUAUCAUGGCCCUCAUGUAUCACCAUGUUCAUACACUUCUCACAGAAAACACAGCUCUAGUAACAUCUCUUCUUCUCCUCUCCGAUGUCAUCCAAGCCUUCAUGUGGGCCACCACAACGUCCCUCAGGUUUAACCCGGUUCAUCGGACCGAGUACCCUGAGAGAUAUGUAGCUAAACCGGAGGAGGAGUUUCCGAAGUUGGACGUGUUUAUAUGCACGGCUGAUCCGUAUAAGGAGCCUCCGAUGAUGGUGGUCAACACGGCCUUAUCAGUGAUGGCUUACGACUAUCCGUCCGAUAAGAUCUCGGUCUAUGUAUCGGACGAUGGAGGAUCGUCGUUGACAUUGUUUGCUUUGAUGGAGGCUGCUAAGUUCUCUGAGCAUUGGUUGCCUUUUUGCAAGAAGAAUAAUGUUCAAGAUCGGUCUCCUGAAGUUUAUUUCUCCUUAUUGUCACGUUCUUGGACGGAAGAAGCUGAAAAUCUUAAGACAAUGUAUGAAGAUUUAAAGAAGAGAGUAGAAUAUGUGGUGAGUGUUGGCCAAGUUGAUAAUGAUCAAUUUCAUGAAGUCUUCGGUUUGUGGGACCAUAAUUUCACUCGUACUGACCAUCCUAGCAUCGUCAAGGUGCUACUAAAUCACGAAACGGAGGCAAUGCCAAACCUAAUCUAUGUUUCAAGAGAGAAGAGUAAAGUUUCACCACAUCAUUUUAAAGCCGGUGCUCUUAAUACCCUGUUACGAGUAUCUUCGGUGAUGACAAACGCACCAAUCAUUCUAACACUAGACUGUGACAUGUACUCUAACAAUCCCACAGCACCGCUUCAUGCUUUAUGCUAUUUGUCAGAUCCUAAGAUCAUUUCCAGUCUAGGGUUUGUGCAGUUUCCUCAGAGAUUUCAAGGAAUAAAUAGAAACGAUAUAUAUGCAUCAGAGCUCAGACGUUCCUUUGACAUCAAUAUGGUUGGUUAUGAUGGCCUUAUGGGACCAAGUUACGUGGGCACUGGCUGUUUCUUCAAUCGACGAGCUUUUUAUGGACCUCCAGCUAAAUUAAUUAAGCCUGAGUUAGACGAACUUAAUCCAAAUCGGAUUGUUGAUACGUCCCUCAAGGCCCAAGAUGUUUUGGCAUUGGCACACGAUGUAGCAGGAUGUAACUACGAGCGCAACACCAAUUGGGGAUCCAAGAUUGGAUUCAGAUACGGGUCAUUAGUGGAAGACUACUACACAGGGUUUAUGCUCCAUUGUGAAGGGUGGAGAUCAGCGUUUUGUAGACCACAAAGAGUUGCAUUUUAUGGAGAAUCUCCAAAAUGCCUAGCAGAUGUAAUGGGCCAACAAAUGAGAUGGUCCAUUGGGCUUCUUGAAAUGGUCUUCUCAAGGUAUAGCACAUUCACCUAUGGGUUCAAAUCAUUGGGAAUGUUGAUGGGUUUAGGGUAUAACUACUUUACGUUUUGGCCAUUUUGCUCAAUUCCUCUAACGGUCUAUGGAAUUUUACCCCAACUUGCCAUAAUCUGUGGAGUUAGUGUGUUCCCCAAGUCAUCGGAUCCAUGGUUUUGGCUUUAUAUCUUCUUGUUCCUUGGUGCACACGUGCAAGAUUUAUCUGAUUUUUUGUUGGAGGGAGGGACUUACCGAAAGUGGUGGAACGAUCAAAGAAUGUGGAUGAUAAGAGGACUCUCUUCAUUUUUCUUUGGUAUAAUAGAAUUCACUCUCAAAACGUUAAACCUAUCCACAUUCCAUUUCAAUGUCACCAGUAAAGCCAACGACGAUAACGAACAGAAGAACCGAUACGAGCAAGAGAUCUUUGAUUUUGGGCCUUCUUCGUCCAUGUUGUUCUUACCCGUUACCACUGUGGCAAUAGUGAAUCUCUUAGCUUUUGUCUGUGGGGUUUAUGGUCUUAUCGCUUCGGGAGAAGGACUAGUCCUUGAGCUGAUGCUGGCGAGUUUCGCGGUGAUGAACUGCGUACCGAUCUAUGAGGCUAUGAUGUUGAGGAAAGAUGAAGCAAGAUUACCAAAACGUGUGAAUUUUGGUUAA